UUGGCAGUCAAAACAUUUCAUUCAGACAGUUCGGUUUGCGGUGACAAUGUCAGAAGUUUGUCGUGGAGAUUUACGCCUUGAAAACAAAUUGACUCAUCAGUAUCGUGACCGGUUGAAGUGAAAAGUUGUAAUUUCGCGUGAAGUAAACAAAUCUACCCGCGUCAACGUGUUUAUCGUUUGGAAUCUACAAUUUUUGUAAUGGGAUUGUGCUUGCUAGGUUAGGGUAUUUUCUGACGUCACAUCGUAUGAUACAAAUUCUCGUUUCUGAUUGGUCGGGAGUGCGUUCAUUGACUGACUAAACAGGAAAAUAUUGUGGCUGCGAAGAAGCCCAAUUGGUUUCAUAAUUUGCCGCUCUGGUUGCGUUAAUUGUGCUGAAGUGUAGUGAAACGUGUCCGCCGGAGGAUGGACGAAGAAUGGGAGAAUUACUCCCGGAACGGGAUGGACAUGGACUUGUUCAGGGAGGAGGAGGCGAUGUCGCUGAUUAAGGACUUGACGCCAGAGAUCUUGAAUGAUUUCUUGGACAACAUCUACCCCAUGGAUAUGGAGGAGAUAAGUGCGAUUGAUCCUAACAUGCUGGACAUAAAACAGGAGAAUAAAAACCAAACCGUUCCCCAGAACAACCUCCCCCAACCUUUCUAUAAACCAACCAUAUCCGACCCCAUGCUCUCUUCGAACUUUAGCCCCGUCCACAUAACUCCACCGCAGUCAAACAGUUCCCAGAUUUCAGCCCAUUCGCCAUUGCACACCCACUCUCCAGCACCCGUCAGCCCGCCUUCAGCCUCUCCCAGUCAGCAGGUUCCCAAUGUGUCCUUAUCCUUAAACCAGCAAACCCUCGCCCCGCAACCGGCCCAAGCACCUAUGACGGCCGCCCCAACUCAAAUCGUCUACACUCAGCCAACGUCUCAGGCAGUGGCACAGAAGCAGACUCCGACUUUCGUCCUGCAAAAUGCCCUCGACUCAACAAUCAACCAAGGAAAGUCUCUGCCCAGCUUGACGGCCGUUGCCCAGGCGAAUGGAACCAAGAAAAUCCAGCAGGUCGUGCAUCAAGUGCCGCAGGUACUCACCCUACAGAGCGUCGGCAACGACAAGCAGGUUCUGUUGCAGGCCAACCCGACGGUCAUGUACACCACGACGGCGCCAACCACCAACGGACCGAGCAUCCACGCGCUGGUGAACGGCACGCUGUUGACUACGACGAGGAUUCCGGUCGUUCUUGACACCGAGAACAAGGUGCCAGUUAGCAGGGUUCAGCCAAAGGUAAAAGAAGUGAAACGAUCAGCCCACAAUGCAAUUGAGCGUCGCUAUCGUACGUCCAUCAACGAUAAAAUCACCGAAUUGAAAAAUAUUGUCGUCGGUGAAAGUGCCAAACUCAAUAAAUCUGCAGUUCUACGCAAAGCCAUUGAAAAAAUCAAAGAUUUACACAAACAGAACUAUGAUCUCAAAGUGGAAGUACAACGCCUGCAACGUGAACUCAUGGCCCGCGAUGGUUCCAAGGUCAAAGAUCUUCUUUUGAUCAAAUCGCAUAAGAACAUUUUGAGUGAGGAUACCAUGUUCGCCGGAAAAGUACCAUUAAUCACCUCCCCGAUGACACCUCCUCGCAGCGAUGAGUCGAAUCCUUCACUCUCCCCAUCACCAUUGGAUUUGUCGUUGCCAGCAUCACCAUACAGUGGUGAAUCGCAAAUGUCCAACUCGAUAGUGAAGGAGGAACAUGACCUGAUACCGUCAGUGCGUGGUAUGGGCUCACAUUCGCGCCUCGCUUUGUGCAUGUUCAUGUUUGCAUUUUUGGUGUUUAAUCCGUUCAAGUCAUUCUUGAAUAAUGGAUUGUCAAAUGACGGAAGUGGGUACGACAUGGGCACGACCAGAAGGAAUAUUUUGUCGAUCGGAGAUGAUUAUUCUGGAAUGAUGAUGAAUGCAAGCGCUUCAAUGAUUCUGUGGACCGUAAAUAUUAUGAUUCUAUUCUGCUGCUUGGUGAAGCUUCUCGUGUAUGGCGAUCCAGUGAUGAGCUCUAAAUCUCAAGCUGCUGGCGAAUAUUGGAAGCAUAAAAAUCGCGCAGACCUGGAGUUUGCUAAGGGGAAUUCAUCUGCUGCCUAUGCUGAAUAUCUUCUAUGCUUGAAAAUCUUCGGACUCUCGCUACCCACAUCGCGAAUUGAAACAUUGACGACUACCGCAUGGCAAUUUGUUCGACUUUUCUUCCAUCGAAUCUGGGUUGGGCGUUGGCUUUCCCGAAAAGCGGGAGGACUAUUUUGCCCACAGGAAACUCGAGUUGAGGCUUUGAAUUCCGCUAAGGAACUGGCACUAGUUUUUCAUCGUUUGAAUCAGCUCCAUUUGUCGACGCAAAUGAAUGAUUCGUAUGGACUAAUGUUGGCUCUAUUCGCAAUCAAUAUGUCCGAAGCGUCUGCUGGUGUGAUGAAUCCAUCUGAUCUUAUUGACAUUUAUCUGACUGCUGCUUUGCGAAUUAAGAAAAGUUGUCCAAAGGCAUUGCAGUUCUGUUGUCGGUAUUACGUGAGCAAAGCGAAGCAGGAGAAUGCCAAGACGUGUGGGCAUAUUAGUAAGUUUAAGUGGGUUUUCACUCCGAAUGGAUAUCGGUACUUCAUAGCGUAUGAAUUGAAGUACGAUCGAUCAUCGGUGGAGCCAUUUUUCACGGCGUUGAGCAACAAAUCGGAUCCUAUGUCUUAUGUGGUGAAGGACUAUCGCGAACAUUUAUUACUUAAAGCCCUCCAGCUUCUGGUUGGUGCUGGGCACGUAAAACCUGAUCUUGAACAAGAAGCAAUUCAAAGAUCUGAGAGUACACCAUCAGCUCCAAACAUUCGUUUCGGUACUCUCAUUGGUGACGUUCUCAACUACAUUCUUUUGCUUAACGAAACAAUGUCAGGGAAAGAUGACUUUAGCGGCAAAGACGAUCUAAUUGUUUGGUGGUCGAGUAUUUUGAGUGUGGCUGCUUAUUGGCUUCUCGGUGAGGAUACAUUUGCGAAGGAGCUUUACGACACCAUUGAUAAAUUACCGGAGCAGCUGAAAAGUGACGACGAAACUUUGCCCAGAGCUUUGUAUAACAUGUUCCAGGCGAAGAAAAUGAUCGUAGGCGGAGACCUUUCUGAGAGCGCCAAGAUUUACGAACUUUGCAACCGAUCGAGUGUACUUUUGGAAGACAGCUUGACAUGCAAUAAAAUCAAGCCAGCCGAGGGGAUGAAGCUGCUAUUUCAACUUUUAACUUGCGAUUGGAUCUUAGAAACCCGAACGGCCUUAUGGGAAGCUGAAAACAUUACAUCAGACGACGAUGGGUUCUAUCAAGUUCCUGGAGAUGUCCUCACUAAAUUCCAGACCGAUUUGAAUUCAAUGAGAACGAUUGUUGAAGAAAUUCCGCAGAACGGCCAGUCUCGCAUUUACCUCUACGAAGCAGUUUGUCGUUUGAUGGCCGGAGCCUCUCCAGGACCCACACAACAAUUAUUGGAUCGAAGUUUGAGAAAUCGCGUGUCAAAGACGUCGUUGAUUUGCGGUAGAGAUCGUCAGCAAUGGGAGGGUGGCGAACGAGAACGGGCUGCGGCAAUGUACGUUGCUUGCAAGUACCUACCAUCUGCAUUGCUUUCAUCGCCUGGUGAACGGGCCGGAAUGUUGGCCGAAGCAGCUAAAACACUCGAAAAGAUUGGCGACAAAAGGAAGUUGAAGGAUUGUUAUCAGCUUAUGAAAUCACUUGGCAAUAGCUCAGUAACAAAUUAAACUGAUCUUGUAGAAUUUAAGAGUAUAUUGCUUCUAAGUAAUGUAGGAGAUUAGUUAUAGGGUGUAAGAUAGAUAAUUCACUAGGCUUCGCUUCAAAACAGUAAAGUGUACAUUGUUUGCUUCUAUUGUUGAUUAGAAUUGCGUUCAUUGAUUGGAUAGAGUAGCUUUAUAGAGACUCGAGCCGAAAUCAAGCUAAUAUAAUAAAAGUAGUUGCUUUGUUGAAUUUCGAGCGCUUGUUCUUUUGCCGGAAUUUAGCCACUUUGUUGUACGAGGCUCGCUAUUUUUGGAAGUUAUAUAUAUAUUUAUUCAACACUUGUAAUAAGCUUAAGUAAUUGCUAAAUAACAAACUAAAAAAACAUAUUAGAAUAUUUAUUUCAUUUGGCUGGAAAUAUUUUCCACAAUAGAAAAUGUCCUGAUUAACGCUGUAAGAGUUCUUUCCGAUCUUGUUGCAUGGGAUGUUAGCAAGAUUAGAUUUUAAAAGACAUUUUUUGUAGUCUCUAAUCCAUUUAGAAAAUACAUUUUUAUAGGAUAA